UUUUAUAGGCUACAUAUAUGCGUAGUAUAGCUUAGAAAUUAGUCAUCUGCGUGCUCAGGAUUUUUCCGGUGUUUACCAUUAUUUCUGCUCGGAUAGAUACCUGCUGCUUUUGAAAGAACUUUAAUUAUGAUUUAGAAAUGGAUUUGUGCUGUAGUUAGCAAAUUCGUUUUUAGAGGUUUUAUUGCAAAGCCACAUCUUGGCUUUCUACAUCAUCUACAUCUACUUUGUGAUCAUAGUGGGCAUGAAAGGCUAUGUGCUGUUGUGAGCUCACCUAGGGCUGUAUCUACGUGAAUUUUGUUUGGAUUAUGUAUUUAAGAGAUUACUAAAACACACACUCAACUUAGUUCAUUUUCUCAGAAAUGUACCUGGAGAAAUAGGUAAUUUUUCGUAUUUAACAUACCCAGACGUGUAAAUUGUGUAGUCUCAUGAUUUGAGUAUAGAUGUCGCACCUCUUUCCUAAUUAUUUUUGCGUGUGGAGUAGAAGGGGCCCAUUAUACUCAAAGAUGUGUAAGUAGCAUCUUGCAGGAACAGACCAAAGAGGAAGAAAAGAUGCUGCUGCUUAUUUAGUACUUUUUUGUACUACAUUUUAGACAGAUGGCUGUUUGUGCUUGUAUUGUUUUUUUUUUUUCCAGAGCAGGCUUUUUUGUUUUGGUCAUGUGAUUAUGAAACGGACCAGAAUUGGUGCAAAUCCUAAAAUUUCUCUUUAUUUAGUGGCUGUUGCGCUUUGAGAAUAAAUUUUAUAUGCAUGAAUAUGAUAUCCAUUAUAAGACUUAACCUUUCAGGAACUAACUUACAAUUAAUUAGGUUACGUUAAUUAUUAAUCUAAUUUCUUAAUGUAGAAAUGCUUGAAUUUGUAGUUGAACAUCAUGUAGUGAAUAUUUAAGGGACUGACGCAUACUUGAAAACAAAUUUAAGUUGUUAAAUAAAACAGACUAGCUUCAUUAAUGUGCUAGAGUUCAGAGAGAAAAAACCCCCACUGUUGUGUACAUCUGUGAUACAUGGCUGAAUCUUACUAGAGACAUCCAUGGCCCACUUUUUUUCAAAUGUUAAUUUCCCAAAACACGCCAAGUCUUUCCACAAAACAGAAAACACCCUUGGGGAUGGAAACUACCGUGCUCAGUGUAGAAGUCCAGUAGCCAAUUUAAGCUGUUCGUUUAUCUGGUGCUAAUUUUCUUUCUGAGCAGGUAUUUCCUUUAGUGUAUGACUUCCUUUAGGAGCAGAAAAACAGGAAAGAAACUGGUAAUGAAGAGUGCAUUGUGACCAAACAUGCUGUUAGCAUGGAGUAUGACACUUCCAGUCUUUAGCUUCUGCAUAGUUUCAGAAAACACAACUACCCCAAAGUUGUAACUCACCUCCCAAACAUAAUAUGUGUGGAAAACAGUAGUAGUUUCCAGUCACUCAAGUGCAGCCACUCCUCACGAGAUGUUACCACGAAAUCUACCUCAGACUUCACUUUUGCUCAUUUGUUUGCUGCGUCAUAGAUCUCAACAGGAGCUCUGCAGACACUCUUGAAAGUCUCUGAACAGAUUGUGACAUCAAGUUAAAGCAUGAUGACCUAACAGGAGGUCAAAGUCUCAAACAUCGAUUCAGCAGUUCAAGAUAAAACUGCCCUUUUUUUAUCAGUGUCACUUCCGAAGGCUACAGACCUCCUGCCAUUUCUUUCCUGGUUACUUCAGAAACACUCAACUGACCUUUCUCUGGUGAAAAGAUCUUGACUUUUCUCUCUGGUCCUGGAAAUAUUAAUGGAAUACAGUCAUGUCUACCCAGGACGAGAGGCAGAUAAAUACAGAGUAUGCUGUAUCCUUGCUGGAGCAGUUAAAAUUCUUUUAUGAACAGCAGUUGCUAACUGACAUAGUGUUGAUUGUUGAGGGCACUGAAUUUCCCUGCCAUAAGAUGGUUCUUGCAACGUGCAGCUCGUAUUUCAGAGCCAUGUUCAUGAGCGGGCUGAGUGAAAGUAAACAAACACACGUACACCUGAGGAAUGUGGAUGCAGCCACUUUACAGAUUAUCAUAACUUACGCGUACACGGGUAACUUGGCAAUAAGCGACAGCACAGUUGAGCAGCUCUAUGAAACUGCCUGCUUCUUACAGGUGGAUGAUGUGUUACAGCGGUGUAGAGAAUACUUAGUCAAAAAAAUUAAUGCAGAAAAUUGUGUGCGUCUAUUAAGUUUUGCUGAUCUCUUCAGCUGUGAAGAGUUAAAACAGAGUGCUAAAAGAAUGGUGGAGCACAAGUUCACAGCUGUGUACCACCAGGAGGCUUUCAUGCAACUGUCACAUGAUCUACUGAUAGAUAUUUUAAGCAGUGACAAUUUAAAUGUGGAAAAGGAGGAGACAGUUCGUGAAGCCGCUAUGUUAUGGCUGGAGUACAACACGGAAUCACGAUCACAAUAUUUGUCCUCUGUUCUUAGCCAAAUCCGAAUCGAUGCACUUUCAGAAGUAACACAGAGAGCCUGGUUUCAAGGCUUGCCACCUAACGAUAAAUCUGUGGUGGUGCAAGGACUGUACAAAUCAAUGCCCAAGUUUUUCAAGCCCAGACUUGGCAUGACAAAAGAGGAGAUGAUGAUAUUCAUUGAAGCUGCUGCUGAAAACCCUGGUAGUCUUUACUCCUCUGUCUGUUACAGCCCGCAGGCAGAAAAAGUUUACAAACUCUGCAACCCUCCUGCUGACUUGCAUAAGGUUGGGACACUUGUAACUCCUGACAACGACAUCUAUAUAGCAGGUGGGCAGGUUCCUCUGAAAAACACGAAAACCAAUCACAGUAAAAGCAGCAAACUCCAGGCUGCCUUCAGAACGGUGAACUGCUUUUACUGGUUUGAUGCGCAGCAAAACACUUGGUUUCCAAAGACACCGAUGCUGUUUGUUCGUAUAAAGCCAUCCCUGGUCUGCUGUGAAGGAUACAUCUAUGCAAUCGGAGGGGACAGCGUCGGUGGGGAGCUCAACAGGAGAACUGUGGAGAGAUACGACACUGAGAAGGAUGAGUGGACCAUGGUGAGCCCGUUGCCUUGCGCGUGGCAGUGGAGCACGGCAGUGACAGUUCACAACUGCAUCUACGUCAUGGCACACAACUUGAUGUACUGCUAUUUCCCCAGGUCGGACGCCUGGGUGGAAAUGGCCAUGCGACAAACAAGUCGGUGUUUCGCUUCGGCGGCUGCUUUUGGCGAUAAAAUAUUCUAUAUUGGAGGACUGCACAUCGCCAGCAAUUCCGGCAUAAGGCUCCCAAGCAGUACUGUGGAUGGGUCUUCCGUAACCGUGGAAAUCUACGACGUGAAUAAGAACGAGUGGAGGAUGGCAGCCAACAUCCCUGCCAAGCGCUAUUCCGACCCCUGCGUUAGGGCCGUUGUCAUCUCUAAUUCCUUGUGUGUCUUUAUACGAGAAACCCACAUGAACGAGAGAGCCAAGUAUGCCACCUACCAGUACGACCUGGAACUCGAUCGCUGGUUCCUGAGGCAGCACAUAUCGGAACGCGUGCUGUGGGACUUGGGGAAGGACUUCCGGUGCACGGUAGGAAAGCUGUACCCAUCUUGCCUUGAAGAGUCCCCAUGGAAACCUCCAACAUAUCUCUUCUCGCCAGACGGAGCUGAUGAAUUUGAGCUGGACGGGGAGAUGGUUACUUUACCACCUGUAUAGCUCCCAAAUUAGACUGCACAGCGGAUUCUGUGCUCAGUUAGAAAAGAAAAGAAAUGGCUGUGAAAGAACACGUCUGAGAGUGGGAAUGUCAGGCCUGUCUUUCAUGAAUUGUAUUUUUAUGCCCUACCUAAUAACACUUGCCGCCAUUCAGUACGAAUAAAUGAAAUGAGCAGAUAUGCUUCCAAUAAUCUGAAAUGCUAUUAUCUGAUAAUUGAGAAACAUAUAUGUAUAUCAUAAGCUUAAGCAUCUGACUUGUCUAAAGAAUUAAUUCUAGUUCUAUGAAGUCUCAGUUCAGGAAAAUUAGCUUCAGAAAAAAAAAAGUAGUUAAUGUUUCUAGGAUGAUGUCUCAACUCUUUUGAAAAUAUCUUCCAGUUAUAUAUGAACUACUUCUGGAUAUUCUACUUAAGUGCUAGUUAUAUAACUGUCAGUGUGGCCUAAUAAAAGGACUGUGCUGCACUUACUUAAUACUAAUAUCCAUGUUGGUAUAGUAAUGCCAUUAAAAGAAAAAGAAACAAAUCCCAUGGAUCUACCUGUGGUAGGAAGGGUAGAUCUUCCAUUGUAUGGUAACAUGCAGGGCAAAAUGACUGCAGGUUCAGUCAAGCUGUAUGAUGAGGUGCAUGUGUUCUAUUUUCACUAACUUAUACCUGUCUAAUUAGAAUACAGGUCUUCCAAGCAGCUGGUAGAUUACCAGGUGUGGACUUAAGUUGCUGGGCUUGCAAUAGGAGUUGCCAGCCCUCAUAGUGCGGGUCUGUGUGGGGCUUUAAUCAGUAAAUGCCUCCACACUCUGUAUUACAGUAACAUUGGCUCAUGUAUAUUACUUCCUGCUGCUGAUGUAUUUUUCCAUUGUAAAACAAAGUUUUAGUGUGGAUUAACCAGGUCUUUAUUUUCUGUUAAUUUAAUAACAAGCAUUACUGUAGUGUGAUUGUGUAUAGAUAUCCCUUAGCUGUCAGGUUUUUUACUUCGGGGGAGGGGGGGGAAGCAAAAUUCAGGAAUAUCCUGUGCUGUUGUGUGCAGGAGAGCAGAUGACUAGUGCUGCUCUGGCAUUAAUCCCAGGAACCACUAGCAGUAGCGGGGCGCCGCCAAUCUAACAUGAACACAGGUGCUUCAUGACAAACCCUACUAGCAUGUUCAGCUGCAUCAUGUUCUGGCACUGUAUUUUGAAUGACAUUAAUUUAUUAAAAAAGAUUGAAUCCAA